AUGCGCAAGCUGCUGAGCAAGCCGACGACUUCGCCGCACGAGGCGUCAGGCGUAGGGCUAGCGGCAGAUGGAGCAGCCCCAGGAGGAGGUCCCCCUCCGGUGCUGCUGGCAUACCGGCCUGCAGGACGGCAGGACGCGGUGUACCAGGCGGGGGUGCCGAUCUCGGCGCUGGACCGGUCGCCAGACGGACGGCUAGCAGUGCUGGGAGGGCGGCACAUUCUCAAGACAGUCCGGCUGGAGGGACUGGAGGUGAAGGAGGGGAUCGAUUUGCGAGCACUGAUCACGGCGCAGCAGUCGGCAUCAUCACGGACGGGGACGACGACGGCAUCGAUGUCGGACCAGCUCUCGAUCCGGGACGUGAAAUGGGGGCGAGGAGCGAACGACACGCGCAUCUUCACGGCCUGUCUGGCGGGCAAGAUCUUCCAGUACGAUCUCGGCCGGCUAGGAACGAUGGGAGGCGGGACGGCGACGACGACGACGACAGCGACAGCAGGCGGAGGGCGAGCAGGUGGAAACAACAGCAGCAGCAGCAGCGGCAAUACCAACGGGGGGGCGGUGGACUUUGUGCUGACGCAAGAGGACUCGCGGCAGAUCAACACGCUGGACAUCAACCCGCACCGGGGCUCGUUGCUGCUCUCGGGCGGACAGGACGGCGUGGUGCGCUGUCUGGACAUCCGAGCAGCAAUUGCCUCACGGACAGGGCCGACAUUCCGGUCUGUGCAGGCGUUCCGGUGCAAUGCAGACAGCGUGCGCCGGGUGCAGUGGUCGCCACGCGACGGGUUCUACUUUGCGUGCGGGACCGAGCAGGGCGUGGUGCUCAAAUGGGACAUCCGACGGGCAACAGGACCGAUUCUGCGGAUCAACGCGCACGACCGGGCCUGCACGACCAUCUCGUGGCAUCCCGACGGCGAGCACCUGCUGAGCGGUGGCAGCGACAGCAAGUGUCACGUCUGGGAUGUCUCGCGCACAGCCGACAAGCGACAAAAAGCACAGCACUCGCUCAUGACGGCCGAACCGGUGGCAGCGGUGGCCUGGCGACCGGCCCAAUGGUCGGCCUCGAGCCAGGGCUUGCGGGCAGCCCAGGUGGCCGUGUCCUACGAUGUGGCGGCGGCUCCGAAACGUGGUGGCACCGGCGCCGUGCACGUCUGGGACCUCGCUCGACCUACGCUGCCGUAUCGUGUCGUCGAGCACUUUGGCUGCUCGCCCAUGGCCCUUCUCUGGACCUCGCCCGAGCUGCUCUGGACGGCCGGUCAGGAUGGCCUCUUCUCCCAGUGCGACGUCGCCUUUGCCGCCCGCGUUCUCGACCGUUCCGCCGUCUCGACCCUCGCUUUUUCCGCCCGUGGCGAUGUCCUCACCUUUCUCGACGAGCGUCCGCCCAUGCGGUCACGCCUCGUCACCGCUGCUGCUGCUGCUGUCGCUGCUGCUGCUGCCAAUACCCCUUCCACACCCUCCACGCCCUCCACGUCGGCUGCUACCACCAAUACCACGGACUCUGACGACGACGGCCUCCGCAGCUUCCUCACUCCUCGACGUCGUGGCCGUCGCCUGCGCAAGCGCCGUGCCAGCUCCAUCCAGCCGCUUCUCAGCGGUUCCACACCUCCGUCCUCGGGCCAGCAGCAGCAGCUGCACACGCCCGACAGCAACAGCAGCCACUACAGCCACGGCAACAGCAACAAUACAAAUACAAACACUGCCUCUGCCCAGCCGCCUGUCCUCUCGCUCGAACAAGCCCUACGGGCUACCGGCACUUACCGGCCACAGCAGAUCAUGGCAGUUGGUCACGUGCCCUCGGCUGCCCGCCAGGACGUCUAUGGAUAUCUGGCGUCGCACUACCUAGACGCGCUGAUUGAUCAUGGCGGCAUUCCAGGUGCAGCUGUGACGGUCGACAGGACUGCAGCUGCUGCCCCUCUGCCAGAGCGUCUGGCCGUCAUCCUGGACUGCUAUGCGCGGGCAGCUGAGGAGGUCAGCCAAUUCCGCCUAGCUCAAGUGUGGCGCAUCCUAGCCUUUGCCAUGGACCUGCUGCUGCGACGACGGGCUGAGUACCACCGGGAGCAGCGGUUGUUCAAAGGCCGCAGCGACAGCGAUGACGCAGUCAAGACGACGGUCACAACCGGAAAGAACGGCGGCCUGCUGACGCCAACUGCCGUGACGAUGUCGUCGACGCGCUCGCUGCUGACCGAGGAGAUCGAGAGCACGUCCAACAUGCCGACGCCACUGGCCCGGCCAGCACAGCCAACACAGCCGGCCGGUGGUCUCAGCAGCAACAGCAGCAGCUAUCCAGAUGGUGGGUUUACCCUCCCGGCCGCAGCCCACCACGACUACAUGGCCAGUCUGCCACCGCGCCGCCAUCUCAGCUCGAUGCCCAUCUCGGAAGCCAGCCAGGGGAGCGACAACACGCACGUGUCCAGCCUCGAGGGAUACGACUUUUACGACACCGAGGUGCUAGCACGGGCUGUCGACGUGCCACGCUCCUCGGCCAGUCGACCGCCAGCCAGCAGCCGCAAGGACUCGACCGCGUCCAACUUUACAGACGUGCAGGAACAGCCGCCGCCGCCGCAGCAGCAGCAGCGUCGCCCGAUCGUCCGGCAGGACUCGGAGCAGAUCUUUCUCAUCUCGCAGAUCUCAGACGACCGGCCAACGCCAGCAACUUCGGUCCCGAAUCCGCCGACACCCAUGUCGAUCGUCGGGCGGCCACGCGAGUCACUGCGGCCGUCGCGGCUCGUCCACCUCAACAAGGCGCUGAUGGCGCUCGAAUGGAGCGGCUCCGAUCUGGCCUCGUCACCAACGCGUGACUGGGCCGGCUCGGCCGCCCUGGAAGACGACACGUACUACCCGUCGGCCACGCAGGACACGGCGAGCAGCGGACCAAAGAUAGACAGGACAGAAAGGACAGACAAGACAGACAAAACGAAAAGGCUCGACCAGACCGACCAGACGAACCCCAACGUCAUUACCGAAGACGAUUACCUCGCCUGGCCGGACGACCCGCCCUUUCCCUUUGCGCUGUCGAGCACAACCACAGCAGGCGGGGCAGAUGUCGGCGUGGAAGCCGCGCGAGCCGAGCCGGACGUCAGCCCGGCGCUGAACCCGUACGUGAUCGUGCGGCGGGCGCUGGCGUUUGAGACCCGCACGUCGCCGCUCAACGCGUCGGCCAUGGUCCUGCUGCUGCGGCCGCUGGUGCCGGCCGACGUGAUCGACCCGCUUCAGGCAGCCGCCAUCCUGCGCCAGCACCACGCCCGGCUGAUGGGCAUGCAGCUCUUCCUGCAGGCUGCUCUGCUGCGCAAGCUGUUGGGGGCCGCCGCCAGGCCGACGCCCCUGCUGACCGACGACGGCGAGACGGCCAUGUACAAGGCCAUCACGUCGCAGGCCCAGCACGGUGUCGCUGUCGGCUACACCUGUCCGCAGUGCCAUAAGUCACGUGACCCGACCGUCGCCGUGAGCCUGUGGCGAUGUGAGCGCUGCGGCGCCGUCAUGGGGCCCUGUGCCGUCUGUGGCCACCGCGAGGCCUCGCCGCUAGGCGGACAGGGACAGCCUGACGAAGACGAGCACGAGCGCCCCAUGUCGACCUGGUGGCAUUGUGUCGGCUGCGGCCACGGGGGCCACUCGACCUGUCUGGCACGCUGGCACGGAGACGGACAGACGACAACGACCGAAUCGGAUGACCUCUCCGACGGCUGCUGUCCGCUCGACGGCUGCGGCCACGCCUGUCUGCCGGGCCGCUGGCGCGCCGAGACCGCGCUAUGGCGCAGCGAAGAGCUCUCCUCGGCCGUCCGAGAGGUCCGGGAGGCCAGAGAGAGGGAGACUGGCGAGUCUGCCGUGCUCUCGCCCCUGGGAGGCAAGUCGUCCACCUCGGCUUCGGCGCCGUCGCUGCUGCAGCUGGGCGGUGCAGCUGAGCGCGAGAGGGAGCGCGAGCGGGCACGAGACCGAGACCGAGAUCAAGACCAAAACCAAAACCCCAAUCCAGGCCGAAACUGGAACAGAGACCAGGACGUCCGGGCAGACGGACACGAAGUGCACCAGAGCAGGGCCGUCGACGUCGUCCGCGACUCCUUGACCGCCAGCCGAGACGGCACCCGGAUUCUGGGGACAAGCCCGGGACGGUAUGGCGGUGAGCCGAGAGAACGCGAGCGGCGCAAGAGCGUCAAGUUUGCGCGGGAGUAG